AUGGAUGUUGCAGACAACUGGGAGGAUCUCCUCGAUGAGGUUGAGGAACCAGCAGCUCCUCCUUGCUCUCCUGAGCCAGCAGAGACACCAAAGAAGUCAUCAAAGAGCCCAGUGCAGCAGAAGCAGCAGCAGCAGCAGCAGCAGCAGAAGCAGCAGACAGCACUUGAUGCAGCAGAAGAGCGUCGACUAAAGAAGCAGUAA